AAGAGGAAAACACCACAACUCAGGAGGAACAGAUUGCCUCCAGGCUGGAAGCUAGACUCCAGAGAGAGAUCAUGAUUCUACAACAUAAUACAGAGGAGCUUCCUGCUGACAACUCUGAACAGAACGUCAAGAACGCUAACAUUGAGCUGAACAAUCCUGCCAAGCAUUUCUGCAGAGGCCUGACUGAAGACUGGACAGCAGACAGUGUUGUGGUGGCUGCCCUCGGUCGUCCUUUAGAUCUCGGGAUGCUGUAUGACUGCCGCAAUGACUCAUUUUGUUCAGAUGUCAGUCUUUGGGAUAACAGUACAAUAGCUUCCAUGCAGCUGUCCCUCCCUCGGCCUCUCACAGAGGUGAAGUGUAUUGAAGGAGACUCCUUACAGGACAGAUUCAGGGCUCUGGAUGUGACCACUCCUCUCAGAGCCAGUGUCCUGUCUGGACUGGUGGAGGUUGGUGGUGCUGCUGGAUACCUGAAACAUCCUGUUCAGUCCACACUGCAGGACCGGGUCACUCUACAGUACAGAACCACUACCAGACUGGACAUGCUCAGUCACAACGUGCUUCAGGAGGAGACAGACAGAACACAGCUAAAGGCAACUCAUGUGGUCAUGGCUGUUCUCUAUGGAGCUCAAGCAUUCUUUAUCUUUGACAGCAAACACAUCAGCAGACAACACAGUGGUGCAGGAGAGGCAGAUAUGCACAGUGUUGUGAAGAAGAUGAUGCCCACCUUCAGUGCAGAUCAGAUCUUUUCCAGCUUGAGUGACACUGAGAAACUGAACAGUUCGUUGUAUCAGUGUACUCUCUACAGUGAUGUAGACCAUAUCAAUGGCUCCAUGACGUGUGACAGAGCUCUGCAAGUCUAUGAAACUCUCCCGAAGCACCUUGGACAGCAAGGAGAGAAAGCAGUGCCUCUGUACGCAUGGCUCUAUCCUCUGAAGAAUCUGGACAAUUCAGUUGAAAUCACGCUCCGAUAUUUCACAAAGGCAGAGGGUGUGCUGGACCAUCUGAGGCAGGUCACCAUGAGAUGCCAGGAGAUGACAGACGUCACCAAUGGUUGUGUGAUGAAAUGGUUUCCUGAUCUGAAGUAUAAACUGUCUAGAUUAUCAGAGCUUCUGCAGAAGUACCAGUCUGAGUUUAAGAGAGAGCUGGCCAUGGCAGUAAAGGCCAUGAGAGAGAGUGAAGGGGUGGAUGAAAACAGACUGAGAGACAUUCUCCAGAACCAUGACCAGUCUCCGUUCUGUCUUCAGUCUAUACAGCUGUGGCUAAACAACAAGGCAGCAGAGGUGAAGGCUCUGAAUGUCUGUAAAACAAGAAACAUCCCCAUAAUGAAAUCCCAGGAAGAGCUGGGCGGUGUCCUCAGAUCCUCAAAGGACAGGCUGCUGUGUUUCACUCUGACCUCCCUGGAGGAUGAAGAUCCAUUCCUCUCUACUUUGAAGCAUUAC